AUGAGCGCGCAAUCGCUGAAGGCAACAAGCCGAAGCAAACAGUCGACAGCUGUGAGCGCAGCAUCAGCCGUGACAUCGAUUGGACAGGCGUUUACCGGCCAAGAGCACGUCAAUGCCCUUAACUUUGCGUCGACAUUGCAAUCAGACGAUGCCGGAAGGCGCUUGCUGCCGGACCGACAGCUAGACUUGGGUCAGCCAGGUUCCCAAGUCUUUGUGCUUGUGUUUCCCGUGCAGAAGUCAGAGGUGGUCGCACGCUCCCAGGUGCUGCGGAAAGUGAAGUCCAACGUUCGCAAUCAUGUGGCGCUGACAGUGGCCCCAAUCAAUAUUGCGUUGCAAGAGAAGAGGGCGCCAGGUGUACUUUACUUGCGGGUGUUCUGGCUGAGCAUCGGCAUGCUCUACAACGUGCACAUCUGGUACCUGUAUGGUGCAGAUCAGGCAAUUUACUGGUUCAGCGGCUUCUCCCUAGAAUGGCUUUCCAUGGACAAUUUGGUGGUGUUCAGCCUCAUCAUGACGACAUAUCGCGUGCCGCCAUCCUUGACUCGCAAGGCCCUGUUUGUUGGCAUCGUGGGUUGUGUCCUCAUGAGGCUAAUGGCCAGCGGAGGCCAUGCCAUGUUCGAGGAAGACAACGAAGGUGACAUGGUGGACACCUACGUGGUGCGAGCAACGAAGGCCUGUCUCGGGAAUCGCUUGGAGGAGCGUUACGACACCGAGACUCACAGGUUGGUCUUUGUCAUCAUAGUCUUGGAGUUCACUGAUUUGAUGUUUGCACUUGACAGUGUGCCGAAUCAGUUCAUUGCCUACAGCUCUACCGUCAUGGCAGUCUUCUCUCUUCGUGCCGCAUUCUUCCUCGUGCAUGACCUCGUGCAACAAGUCGAGGUUGUGCUGACAUGUCUCGUGGCGCCCUGGAGAAUACAAGACUUCCAGAUAAAGCCCGAUGAUGCCCUCGCACUUGUCAAUGUGGUUCAUGGCUGCCUCUUGCCUUGGUCUUGCCUUGCUCGAAGUUUGUUUUCAUUUGCCAUGGACUUGGAAGAUGAGAGCGAUCCCGGGCUGGCGGGACUCAGCCCUGAAUUUCAGGCCAUGCUUGGCGGCUUAUCAGGGCACAUGGCCUCCGUCUCAAAGAUGCUCGAACAGCGUACCCUGCCAAAGGAGCAGGCAAAGGAUAAAGACGAUGAGGUGUACCUAGACUCGUAUGCGGAUUUGGCCAUCCAUGAGGAGAUGCUAAAAGACACCGUGCGCGUUGACGCAUACGCAGCUGCGAUCGAGCACUAUUCGAGCACGUGGCAGGAUAAGGCCGUGGUCGACGUUGGUGCUGGGACUGGGCUGCUCUCGGUCCUUUGUGCUCGAUCAGGCGCUCGAAGGGUCAUUGCCAUCGAAGCGUCCAGGCUCGCACACUUCUUGCAGCAGCUGGUGGAUGCCAACUGUUCAAAGGGAGCCGUCGAGGUUCACGAGUGCCUUGCAGAGGAUUUCAGUGAGCAGAAUGUUGAUGUGAUUGUGAGUGAGUGGAUGGGUUACUGCCUGCUCUACGAGAACAUGCUGUCGUCGGUCCUAUCUGUUCGAGAUCGAUGUCUAAGAAAAGGUGGCCAGAUGCUGCCCUCAAAGUGCCGCUUAAUGAUGGCACCGAUUCAGGACAGCUGGCGAAAGGAGAAGCUGGACUUCUGGCACUCCGUCCGUGGCAUCGACAUGUCCUCACUGGUCCCGCUGGCCACUGCCACUCUUUGUGCAGCACCUCAACAUCGUUUGUUGGAUCCCAAAGCGCUUUUGGGAGAUGCAAUCGAGAUCCUCUUCAUGGAUUUGCAUACGGUGCAGAUUGAGGAGUUGGACAGGUUUCAAGCUGACAUCGGAUUCACUCUCCCGGCAGGCAGUCGACUGGACGGUAUGGUGGCAUGGUUUGAAUGCGAGUUUGGAGAUGUCGGGUGGCAGCUGUCUACCUCCCCGUUGAAGCCUGCAACACACUGGAAGCAGACUGUCUUCUAUUUCCGGGAUCCAGUUGAAGGUGGUGGAGGCACUGUCAUUUCAGGCAAGAUAAUGCUCGAGCGUCAUGCUGAGUUCUCGCGAGGCUACACUGCAUCCUUUGAACUGAAGAUCCCUGGCCGUAAACCCCGAACAGAGGUCUUCGAGCUUAGGCCUCAGCAUGCUGGUCAGAUCUUCUCCGCUUCAAUUCGGAUCAAGAGCAUCGGACACUCUAUGGCCAGUCAAGUUGCGAUCUUCAUCGACCAUUUGCAUCAUGCAGUAGAUGGAGAGGCUCUAGAGGUGUGCGGGUCGCAGAUGGCCGCAGAGGAUGAAGUCUCCGAGCCAUGGAAGCUUGGGACCAGAGUCUGCCUCUCCACUCCCUCUUCAGGCGAAGCACGCUCAGCAAGCGUCAGCUUGACAGGUAUUGUGCGGUUUGUCGGAACGACGCAGUUCGCCCCUGGAGACUGGAUUGGAGUAGAGCUGGACCGGCCGAUUGGAAAGAAUGAUGGCAGCUUGAAUGGUGUCCGGUACUUCAGCUGCAGGAAGAAGCGUGGGAUCUUCUGCAAGCCCACGGCUCUGAUACUGCUGGCUGAGCCCGAAGUCGGAACUCCCGAAAAGAAAUCCGAAGACUCGGUCGAGAAGUCCCAGACGACCGAGUCGCCAGACGCUAUCGAAGCCAGCAGUGGCUUAAGCAUUACGGCCGACACGGACAGCGCUCCUGGCGAGGGUGGCUCUCCCAAUGCAGCUGCCGGAAGCAAGCGCACUGAUCGGGCUGACGAGGCUCUCCAGUCUCAGCCGCGACAGCUGCAGUUCGAGCAGUCGGGGUUGAAGGCAGAGGUUCUAUCUGAUGUUUCAAAGCCAUUGGUUGCCGAUGAGCCCGCCACCGCCACCUGGCCAUACCGGGUUCUCAAGACUUGCUCCAAGGAGGACUUGGAUCGCCUGGGCUGCAAACAGCCCGAAGAUGCAGACUUUGUUGGUGGGGGCGAUGAAGGUGGUGGCGAGAAAGCAGGAUCCAGAGACCUCCGGUCGCCGUACAUGCGAAAGUUGGCAGGUGCAGACCCCUGGGCCAGUGAGAGCAGCUGUGGGGGAUCCAUAGUUGUGGCAGAGGAGGAGGACCUUGCUACCUCAAACGAAGCGGAGACAGCCUGGUUUGCCAAAGUCCAAGAUCUGGCCAAGCGUGGCUUAAAGCUGGGGCAUGUUCUGAGCUUCUACCAGAGCUUGGCAGAAGGCACCCUGUGCGGCGAUGAUGGGCGAAAACUGAUGUUGCACUUUAACCCCAAGAAGCAUACAACUCAUGAUGUCGUUCGUGAAGCAAUCAUCCCUGCGACUAAAGUCACGCCCUUCGGGAGCUGUGCGUACUCGACUUUGGCAGAAGCAAACAAGCCCGUGCUGGCAACGACAAUGGUCUCUCACCACUGGCGGAACUUGUUUUGUCACCUGGUUGCAGCCUUGAUUGCGUACGCCUUGGGGGAGACGAGCUAUGCCGCUACAGUGGAUUCAUUGGAGGACGGCGACUUUGAAGGCUUGCGUCAGCGACUCGAUCGUCGAGAUGCGCUGCACAUGACAUUCUGGUUGUGCUUGUUCUGCGUCAACCAGCACGCGAGCAUAUGUGGUGGUCUACCCUCUGCUCCGGCACCAUCUAGUCCAGAAGAGCAUGUCAAGGCACUGGAGUAUCAUCAUAGAGAGACGCAUGAUCCAGUUACCGGAGAGAAGUUCAAAGUUUGCGAUUGUGGUACCACCAAACACUGGAACAACUCGACACUCUGUGAAAUGGACAAGUUUGAUGCCAUGAUGGCAGUGUUGGACAAGGAGGUGCCUGGUGCUAUUCAACGGAAACUGGGUCACAUCAUCGUGGUUGACCAGGCUUUUGAAGUUUUCUCCCGCAUCUGGGUCAUGGCUGAGAUCGCCAAGGGGCAAGAACUGGAAUUGAACCAGGUCGCCAUGCUGUUCCCGCCUCCAGAGAGAAUGAAAGCGGCCUCUCGCAGGAGCUUGGUGCCAGCCAGUGCUGCAGCCGAGGUUGCACGUAUUCGGGAAACAUUGGACAUCCGCAAGUGCAAAGCUAGCCGGCAAGAGGAUGUUGAUGCAAUUCUGGCCUCCAUUCCAGACGUGGACAAGUCUAACGCGCAUCUAAAGACAGUGCUGUUCAACGAAAGGUCAGGCAUUUUGGAGACAUGGAGUGCAGAAAGGUGCGCUGGAUUUUUCGAUGUUAUCGACCCGCUGAAGGAACUUGUGGAGCGAGAGCACUGGAGUGCACCACAGGUCAUUAUGCUUGGUCAGGAGAGCACUGGUAAGUCCACGCUGCUGGAAAGGCUAACAGGUCUGCCCAUUUUCCCCAGAAACGCCGACCUUUGCACCCGUUCCCUCAUUAAGGUGUGCUUGCGGAGGGGGCCCUCUCGAAAGUUGAGAUUACUUGUGCAAGACAUCCUGUCGCUACACUUCGAGGACGAAAACGGAACGGAAGUUGACUUCGACGAGCUGGGUGCUGCUGUGAUGAAGGAAAUGACACGGCAAGUUCGGCUUGAGGCUUUGAGGCAAGACAUGCCGAACAAGGACCCUGGCUUUUAUUCUGCCACAGUCAGCGAUGCACCGUUGCAGCCGUCGGAUGGACUUUGCACAAAAAAGGCUUUGGUCAUUGAGCUCAGCUCACCGAAGGCACCAAAUUUGGACGUCGUGGAUUGCCCAGGUUUGGUUGCGGCUUCUGCCAGAGGUCGUCCGGCAGAUGUUGCGCAGGAAACUGCGGGGCUGGUGAGAACUUUUGCCAAGAAGCAUCGGAAUUCCGCCCUAUUCGUAGUUGCUGUCAAGGCAUCAGAGCAGCCGAACAACUCCUUGGCAAUGCGUUUGGUGCAGGAGCUUGGGCUUGAAAGUCGAGCUCUCGGUGUGUUGACCAUGACAGAUGUGCUGACCGGGGACCUGACAGAUGGAGAGACCUGCCUGCACAGCACAUUCCUGAAGCAUCAUGGCCCUCGGCUCCUGCAGCUCUUGCAGGGAGCGUCAGAUGCAGGUGGUGGAGUGCCUCUUGCACUGGGCUACACGCUUACCGCUUUGAACGAUGUUGGUGAAGAUAAGGGGUGGUUGAGCCUGUCGCGGGUGGAUGCAAUGGCACAGUGGGAAGUAAGAUACUUUAAGCAGCUUGCGACUCAAUGGAAAGCAGGCGCUGGGGAGGAUUUCAGCAGUUUGCUGCAAAGCAGAACCACCUGCAACAGUCUUUGGCGGCACAUCAAGGAUGCCGUGGAUGACUUCGUCCGCAACAAUUGGUUAAGUGACACCGUCAAAUUGGCUCGCGAGCACGAGGCACUAACGGCAGCUCGCGAACAGUCUUUGGGCCAGCCGAGGGCUAUGGCUCCACACCACGUUGCAGAACUUCGCUUUCAGACUGACCUGCUUCCUGCUUCCCUUCGUGCUGUAGCUUCUUUUGAAGACGAGGGCCCUGAAGCCAUCAAAGACGGGCAAAGAGCUUUAUCCAGUUCCUUGAUUCCAGAGAUAUUUGCCAGGCGUUUUCAGGCGAUCCUCGGAAGUGUGCUGGCGAAUCCUUGGCAGAUCGGCGGUUUCUACCACAGUUUGGUACAGCGGCUUGAGCAAGACCUGUUGAGUGCAGUCCCGGAAGACAUCGCCCUGGGGCCGCCCGAGGCGGGUACUUUUGACUGGCCGAAGCAGCUUGAGGUCUGCUUGCGCAAGGUCGAGCACGAGAUGCUACGUGCUGUGGUUGAUGUAAGGCAACAUGUGCAAGCCAAGCUGGAUGCCGUCCUGCAGGCAGACACCACACCGGAGCGCAUUGGACGAAUGAAGCUAGCGAUAGAGUCUCUGAAGACUUUGCUGUGGCAAGACAUGAAGAUGUAUGACUGCCCGGCCGGGGAGGUACUAUUCUCGACAUUCCCGUUGAAAGGCAUUCACGAAGCACUAGGCAUUGUCGGUCAGCUGGAGACAUGCCCGUUCGCUCGUGUAGAGCGCCUGACGUCUGCCUUUAGCUUCUCGCUGAAGUUGGAUUCGAGGCAGAUUGUAUCGCGCUGCAGUCUUCACUUCCAUCGUUUCCUGCAAACCUUCUUCACGGAACUGCCAGCGCAUGUGGUAAACGCAUGUAAGAAGCUGCCAGAUGACCAGUGGGUUGAGGACUGCACAGAGGAGCGCUUGAAACUCCUGCGUCAUUUGCAGACCCUGCGAUUGGCCCAAGCUCGCCUGAAGGAUGCGUUUGGAGAGGAUCAGAUUGAAGAAGCAGUGGAGGAAGUGACGCGGCAAGAUGACAGCUUGGCAGUGCCAAGCAGGCAGACCGACGAAGACGCUUGUGUUGCCACGGCCGCGUCCCGAAACGCGGAGGAAGUGGCUGCUGCAGUUGCGACAUGGAAAGAGACUCUGCAUGAACGUGCAUGGGGUUUCUUCUCCUCUGAGGAUGAGCUCAACUCAGUCCUGCAGCAGGUAGCCGCGAACACAGAUGCAGGUACCGAUUUUCGGGAAGGAGGGGCGCAUGUUCUUUGGCGUGGCGAGUGCACCGGAUCGGAGCCUGUUCUGUGGAUACAGCGCGACGAUGCACCUGCAACACAGACCUACGUAAACCGUGUACUGGCUGCUCUUUUCGUGGAUGAUGAAUCUUUCGCCCAACUGUCGACAUUGCCAAAAGAACCCUUCCGAAUGACAUGUGGCGAUCAAGGAUGCAUUAAUCUGAUGCAUCUCUAUGUGCCAUAG